AUGGGAUUUUCCGACAUGGCCAGAUCUAUCCCAAAGGUGUGGGACAAGUACACUUUACGAGGGAUAGAGCCAUCUGUCCUCAGUGUUCUCCCUGUAUUCAUCUACGGCACGGCCUGGAAGGAAGAACGAACUGCCGACCUGGUCUAUAGCGCAAUUAAUGCGGGAUUUCGAGCUGUUGACACGGCAGCACAGCCUCGCCAUUAUCAAGAGCACCUCGUGGGUGAGGGGAUACGCAAAGCGAUUGCAGACAAUAUUGUCCGUCGGGAAGAGCUCUAUAUUCAAACCAAAUUCAGCCCUGUAGCGGCACAGGAUCUUGACAAUAUUCCCUACGAUGCCAGGGCUUCGGUGACUGAACAAGUCCAUGCAUCUGUCAAGUCAUCUCUCUCUAACCUCCGCCACUCAUCGGACCCGGGCACAGCAUCAGAUGCAUAUAUUGACACCAUGGUGAUUCAUUCACCUCUACCGACUAUCAGCGAAACAAAAGAGGCAUGGCACGCUCUAGAGAGUUAUGUGCCACGUUAUAUUCGCAAUCUUGGCAUCUCGAACUGCUCUCUUCCCGUGUUGCAGGCUUUGUUUACAGCCCCAGAGCUUACGGUGAAGCCGGCAGUGGUCCAGAAUCGAUUCUACAGUGACACUUCCUUUGACUAUGAGCUGCGAAUAUUUUGUGCAGAACAUCAAAUCAUCUACCAGAGCUUCUGGACAUUGACGGCCAACCCGGCCCUUGUGCGUAGCGGUCCUGUCCAGCAACUUGCUACUCAAACUGGAAUCAGCCCAGCGGCCGCACUGUACACACUUGUGAUGGCGCUGGGACAUAUCGCAGUACUUAAUGGAACGACGGAUGAGCGCCGUAUGAGGGAGGAUUUGGCAGCUCCUUUAGCUGUGAGCAAUUUCACCCAGAAAAAGCCCGAAUUGUGGAUGCAACUUGAAGCAGAGUUUCGGAGGAUUGUCGGAGACGAUGGCAGCAUCUGA